GGAGCGUCCAGUAGUUCGGCCGAAGGCCUUCGGCUGUGUCCUGCCACUUGCCACCUGCUGAUUUGGAGCAGACAAUUUUGCUUCUCAGAGUCUUAGUUUUCUCAUCAGCACAAACGGGGACAAUAACAGUGUCAGCCUCAGCGGGUUAUUGCAAAAGAGCACUAAUGGGGAUGUGGUCCCUGAGAUGUGUCCAGGGAAUAGUAAGCACUCAAUACAUCCAGCUAGUAUUUUUGUGUUAUCAUCUUGAGGAAGUACUUUGACCAUUGAACUAGACGAUAUCCGUGAAGCUCCUGGCAGAGAGGGGUUGGCCAUGGUCCAAAACUGCCUUUGGAACCAGAUGAAUGCCUCCUGUCCAAGAAGAUCAAAAAGACCAGAGAGAUCAAAAAAAAAAAAGAAACCAAGGCUUCUGAUAUGUCCCAAAGAAGGGGGAAAACCCAGUAUGUGAGCGAUCUUGGAUGUCUUCAAAGCGUUGGAAAAAGGUGUGCGGCUGACUGAAUUGCCAGUAGAACGUUCACAAGUGUGGGAAGAAAGGACUGGCCACCAGCCUUGACUUCUAGAGACCUUUCUCUGGGCCGGGACGGAUUUUAUGUGAAUCAGAAAUACCUCCGGAAGAUUCAAGAAGCUGUAGGGGUGACGCAAAUCUGUGGAGGGCCAGCAUGGGAAUCCUAUACUCUGAGCCCAUCUGCCAGGCGGCCUAUCAGAACGACUUUGGUCAAGUGUGGCGCUGGGUGAGAGAGGACCGGAGCUGUAUCAAUGUGCAAGAUAGCUUUAAUGGAGACACCCCCCUGAUCUGUGCUUGCCGCCGGGGGCACCUGAGAAUCGUUUCCUUCCUCUUGAAAAGAAAUGCUGAUGUGAACCUCAAAAACCAGAAACAGAGAAACUGCUUGCAUUAUGCUGUGAAGAAAAAAUUCACCUUCUUUGAUUACCUACUCAUUAUCCUCUUAAUGCCUGUUAUGCUUAUUGGGUAUUUCCUCAUGGUGUCAAAGACCAAGCAGAACGAGGCUCUCGUUCGAAUGCUGCUCGACGCUGGCAUCGACGUGAACGCCACGGACUGCUACGGCUGCACCGCGUUACAUUACGCCUGCGAAAUGAAAAACCAGAAUCUCAUCCCUCUGCUCCUUGAAGCUCAUGCAGACCCCAUGAUCAAGAAUCGGCAUGGUGAGACUUCGCUGGACAUUGCACGGAGAUUGAAGUUUUCCCAGAUUGAGUCAAUGCUAAGGAAAGCAUCGUAAUCCUAGAGGCCUCACGUGGAGAAGUAGAAAGAAACUAAAGCGCCGUGUUCUCUCUCCUUUUUGGACAAUCGGUCUGUGGACCGCUCAACCUGGAUGCUGCAGUUUUACGGUUACCAUGGGUAACCCUAAUGGCGGUUGCCAUGGUGACAUUUGUGGAAGAGCUUUGUACUGAUGAUUUUUUUUUUUCUCCCAGUGGAGUUCACCAUGGUCAUAAUCUUUCUAGAAGAAACACUGAAGUCGUGGGAGUUUCCACUUUGGUCAACACAAAAGUGACAUUUCCACCCCGGUUGGUCCUGAAGAAGAGAAUCGCAGUUGGCUGGCUCGGUCCUCUCUUCUCAGGUGUGCCACUGUGACCAAGAGGUGGUCCUGUCUAUAUCAUACCCAAAAAACGACUGUUUCUCUCCGUCCUUUUGAGUGGUAAGAGGAAGGUUUGAAGUAGAUAUAUUUGUAUAGAAUGAUGUGUUGGGGGGGGCGGUGGGGGGAGAGCUUCAUAUGUAAAUAUUCAUUUGGUGAAACAACUUCAAUAAAACCAUCUAUCAGUCGUCAGGGGUGGGGGUAUUUAGGCCACAGUCAUGUUGGGAAAUCCUACAAGCCAGGGCUUUUUCUUUUUCUUUCCCGAGAGCCAAUUUAACUAGAAUACCUCUAGACAUUUUGCUGUCAGCUUAUAAGUAAAAUCCGUCUUAAUUAUGAACAAA